GAGAGAGAGAGAGAGAGAGAGAGAGCGCACCUCUGAGAGCUCUUCCUGCCUCCUCUCCUGUGCGCAGCGCUCCGGCCCGGCCGCUCCUUCCUUCCUUCCUCAUUUCCUCCCCACAGCUGGCUUUCUUUCUCGGAUGCUGGCUUGCCUUCUCCUCUCGUACACCGCGCUGCAGGACCAAAUACUUCGGAGUGUGGAACGACUGACUACCUGCUUUGCAUGGUCUGAAUUUCGGGAAAUUCGCACGUCGGAAAGGAGGAGAGUCCAGAGGGAAAAGGAGGCUCUCCAUCCCCCGAGAGAAUUUAUUUUACACUUCCACUUGUGGGUCCGGCUGGUUCACUAAUGGAUGAUGACAAAUAACAGCUGCACUUUGCUUCCCUGUCUUCGGCACUGAGUGGUUUUCCCUCUUCUCUCUCUGCCCUAAGAGGAGAGAGGAGCAGAGCAGGAGGAGGUAUGCCAGUGCCUGAGGUGGCGUCUGACACUGCCAGCGCUGCCACCAUGUUGAGCCCCGUCCUCAACGCCUCCAACGGAGACGGCUCCGAGUCUGAAACCACCUCCGCCAUCCUUGCCUCGGUCAAGGAACAGGAGUUGCAGUUUGAACGUCUGACCAGGGAGUUGGAAGCAGAGCGACAGAUUGUUGCCAGUCAACUGGAGAGAUGCAAGCUUGGCUCUGAAACUGGAAGCAUGACUAGCAUCAGUUCAGCAGAUGAGAAAUUUCGCUGGAACAACCAAGAUGGACAGAAGGACAUAGAGGAAGAGCUGACAACAGGCCUGGAGCUGGUGGACUCCUGUAUCCGAUCACUCCAGGAAUCAGGCAUCUUGGACUCACAGGACACUUCUACAGGAGACAGACAAGGACUUCUGUCUCAAAGUGCAUUGCAGCUCAACAACCAGGAAGCCUAUGCAGCAGCCGGUUACCAUAGUAACCAAGGGCUGGUGCUUGGGGAAUCAGUCACAGGCCGCAGCGGGCAGGUUGGAGGGGCUGUUCACGUCUACAAUCAGGUGACGUCCAGCCGUGCAGCUGCCCAGUUAGCAGGAACAGACUCUCCCUCCCAGUCCCAGAGGGACUCAUUCGCCCAGCAGGCCCAUGGCAGCGCCUUCCACAUGCCCACUGACGGCGGACCUGGACCUACUGCAACAUCCAUGUAUUACUCCUGUGCCACUUUGCCCGCACAGCGUGUGAGCUCCCCUCUGCAGGCGGUUGGAUCUCCUACAAAGCUUCAGCGCCUGGGAUCGGCCUCCUCUGACAUGCCCAGCUACGCCACACUACAGAGGGUGUCUUCACCCAAACAGUCACCCAGCCGGCUCGCCAAGUCCUACAGCACCUCAUCACCCAUCAACAUGGUAGCAUCAGGUGCUGGCUCCUCCUCCCCCCUUCCCAUGGCUUCCUCCCCAGGAGGAAACCUCACCUCGUCGCCCAUACACCAGCUGAGUUCGGUGGUGGGCAGCUAUGCCACCCUGUCCCCCACCAAGCGUAUGCUGCAUCACAUCGGAGCAGACAGCUAUAAGAUUUCCCACGAGCUGUACGCCAACGCAACCCUGCAAAGGCCUGGUAGCCUGGCAGGUAGAGGUUCCAGAGGUUCCUACAGCAGCCAGCACAGUCACCUGGGCUCUGAGCUCAGACCUCUGCAGUCUCCUGAACACCACAUCGAUCCCAUCUAUGAAGACAGAGUCUACACCAAACCCAACCUUAGAGGACAAGCCCCGCCUUCUCCUGGUGUCGACCCAAUCCCCUUGCAGCGAACGGGAAGCCAGAGUGCCACAGCCACCUUUCAUAGAGGCAGCUUUGCCACAGGAGGAAGUGCUGCUGACUACGCCAACCCGUACCGCACUCUACAGUUCUGCCCAUCUACCGAGUCGCCUUACAGCAAGUCGGGCCCCGCCCUCCCCCCUGAGCCCGCCCUGGGCCGGUCUCCAUCGGUGGACAGUAUACAGAAGGACCCAAGGUACGACCCCGAAUUCCUUGUGUGGAAUCAAAAUCAAGCCGAGCAAAGAAUGACAAAGGAGUUUGGCUGGAGGGAUCCAGAGCUGCCAGAAGUUAUCCAGAUGUUGCAGCAUCAGUUCCCAUCAGUCCAGUCCAAUGCUGCUGCCUACCUCCAGCACCUCUGUUUUGGAGACAACAAGAUCAAGUCUGAGAUCCGCCGUCAGGGUGGUAUCCAGCUGCUGGUGGACUUGUUGGACCACCGGAUGACUGAUGUGCACCGCAGCGCCUGCGGCGCCCUGAGGAACUUGGUGUACGGCAAAGCCAAUGAUGACAACAAGAUAGCCCUGAAGAACUGCGGAGGCAUACCAGCUCUGGUCCGACUGCUCCGGAAGACCACAGAUGUGGAGAUCAGAGAACUGCUCACAGGUGUUUUGUGGAACCUGUCGUCAUGUGACGCCCUAAAGAUGCCCAUCAUCCAGGACGCCCUGGCCGUGCUGACCAACGCUGUGAUCAUCCCCCACUCGGGCUGGGACACCUCCCCGCAUACACAGGAGGACCGCAAGCUGCACCUCCACUCCUCCCAGGUUCUCCGCAACGCCACGGGCUGCCUCCGGAAUGUGAGUUCUGCAGGCGAGGAGGCCCGGAGGAGGAUGAGGGAGUGUGAGGGUCUGACAGACGCUUUGCUCUACGUCAUCCAGACUGCUUUAGGGAGCAGUGAGAUUGACAGCAAGACUGUAGAGAACUGUGUGUGCAUCUUGAGGAACUUGUCGUACCGUCUGGCUGCAGAGACGUCUCACAGCCAGCAGGGGGGGUCGGAGGAGCUCGACGGUCUGUUAUGUGACACCGGCGGGAAAGACGCAGAGAGUUCUGGAUGCUGGGGCAAGAAGAAGAAGAAAAAGAAGGGACAUGACCAGUGGGACGGCGUCGGCCCAUUUCCAGACUUGGCGGAGCCCCCGAAAGGCAUCCAGAUGUUAUGGCACCCCACCAUUGUCAAGCCCUACCUCACACUGCUGUCUGAGUGCUCCAACCCAGACACCCUGGAGGGAGCAGCUGGGGCUCUGCAGAACCUAGCUGCUGGCAGCUGGAAGUGGUCGGUGUAUAUUCGUGCUGCGGUGCGCAAGGAGAAGGGCCUCCCCAUCCUGGUGGAGUUGCUGAGGAUAGAUAACGACCGGGUGGUUUGCGCCGUGGCCACUGCUCUGAGGAACAUGGCUCUGGACAUAAGAAACAAGGAGCUCAUUGGUAAAUAUGCCAUGAGGGACCUGGUGCACCGUUUGCCUGGAGGCAGCAACAACAACAACAGCAGUGGCGGGGGAGGAGGAGGCAACACCAGCAGCCUGAUAGGGAAGACCAUGUCGGACGACACUAUCACAGCUAUCUGCUGCGCACUGCAUGAGGUCAUCACCAAGAACAUGGAGAACACCAAGGCCCUGAGGGAUGCAGGCGGCAUCGAGAAGCUCAUCGGCAUCGCCCGCAGCAAAGGAGACAAAAUUCCCAGACAUAGUCCUAAAGUGGUGAAGGCAGCAUCUCAAGUCCUGAACAGCAUGUGGCAAUACCGCGACCUCCGCAGCCUCUACAAAAAGGAUGGCUAUUCGCAGUACCAUUUUGUUGGCUCUUCCUCUACGAUAGAGAGAGACAGACAGCGACCUUAUUCUUCCUCUCGUACUCCAUCCAUCUCUCCAGUACGAACCUCACCCAACAAUCGAUCAGCGAGCGCGCCUGCUUCCCCCAGAGAGAUGAUGGCAUUGAAGGAGAGGAAGGCAGACUAUGAGUCGACUGGCAAUGCCAGUUACCAUGGCAACAAGGGGGAGCACACAUCCCGGAAGGACGCCAUGACAGGUCAAAUAUCUGGUGGAUCUUCCACACUACUCAGAGGAGCGUACGUGUCGCCUACAGAUGACCUGAAGUAUAAUCAGGUAUCUUCUCAAGGCCUGCCUUCAGAGCCCUACCCCCCUUUCCAAAACCCUCCCCCACCCGACAGCGGCAACUACGAGGACCAGGCCUUUUAUGAGAACCAGGUACAAGCUGGAGGGCGCCCCCCGCAGGGUGACCUCAACAUGCACUUGCAGGGCCUCAAGUCCACCGGCAAUUAUGUGGACUUCUACUCAGCUUCGCGGCCCUACAGCGAGCUCAACUAUGAGACUAGCCACUAUCCAGCCUCACCAGACUCCUGGGUCUAAGGAGGGACGAGGGUGGAGGAUUUGGAGGAGGAGAAGAUGGAUGAUGGAAAAGAGGACUGUGAUGGAAAUAGUUUAAAGAGUGGAGGAGAGAAGAUGAGAGCACAGUUUCCCUCCCUCCCCAUCCUCCACUGUAAUUCCUGAGUAGCAUCAUAGGUAGCAGGACAUUGGAGAGGGAGUGCAGGAAAAGAGACACAAAGAGAAAAGUCUAAGACAUUACACUCCUUUCAAAGACAUUGGCGGGAGAGGAAACAAAGGAGGAACAAAAGCAAACAGAGGAGCAGCCAUGCAUGUGCAUGCACACCACCAACAGACACGUUUUCUUUCUGUGUUUAAUUUGUGAUCAACUACUGCUAGAAGGUUCAGCAGACAGAAAGACCUCCUGCACCUGAAGGCCUCUGGAUACAGAACUUAGGAGAGACGGACAUGAAAGGAAGGACAGAAGAAGCAGCAAAUAUAUGGAGAUGAAGAGGGACAAUGAAAGAGGGAAAAAAUGGAUCAGUGGAGUGGAGGAUGGAAGGUUUUGGAUUGCAAAUGGAAGGUGUGAGUGAUCUCCAGGAGAAGCCUGUAAAUAUGUGGUAUAGCAACAUGGCUUUUAGUAAUGUGAAGCACAAGAGGCAGAGCUGUAGGCAUGUAGGACGUCUGUCACACAAACUUUUGUUUCUCUCUGUGGCUUCAGCGUGAUGUUUCCUCCUCUGGCAUAAGAACGCUCCUGGACUUUGUCAUUUGUAACAUUUUUUUUCCUUUUUUUUUUUUUUCUUUUUUUUGUUGUGUUUCUACUUUUUUAAUUCUCAAUUCUGGUUGUAUAGUAUUUGAUGUACACUGUACAUUUAUGGAGAUGCAUUGUGUACUAUACAUUGCACUAUUUUCUGUGUCAUGUCAGGCCUUUUGCCAUUGGGUUGACCUUGCUUCCUCACUAACACCCCCCCCCCCCC